UGGCGAGUCAGCAUCAUCUGUCCUAUUGUAUAUUGAUUCAUCGAUUAUUAUCGAGUCAAGGAGAAUUUAAAUUUUGUUGGAAACGCUUUGUUAUUGAAAUAUUAUUCCUUUGCGAGUUGUCUGGUAGAGCUUAGAAAAUCAUGCAGAUCUUUGUAAAGACAUUGACUGGGAAGACAAUUACUCUUGAAGUCGAAGCUUCAGACACAAUAGAAAAUGUCAAGGCUAAGAUCCAGGACAAAGAAGGCAUUCCCCCUGACCAGCAGCGUCUGAUUUUCGCUGGUAAGCAAUUGGAGGAUGGACGUACUCUGUCCGACUACAAUAUCCAGAAGGAGUCAACUCUUCAUUUGGUUCUGAGACUGAGAGGAGGCAUGCAAAUUUUCGUUAAGACAUUAACAGGCAAAACAAUUACUCUUGAAGUCGAAGCUUCGGACACAAUAGAAAAUGUCAAGGCUAAGAUUCAGGACAAAGAAGGCAUUCCCCCUGACCAGCAGCGUCUGAUUUUCGCUGGUAAGCAAUUGGAGGAUGGACGUACUCUGUCCGACUACAAUAUCCAGAAGGAGUCAACUCUUCAUUUGGUUCUGAGACUGAGAGGAGGCAUGCAAAUUUUCGUUAAGACAUUAACAGGCAAAACAAUUACUCUUGAAGUCGAAGCUUCGGACACAAUAGAAAAUGUCAAGGCUAAGAUUCAGGACAAAGAAGGCAUUCCCCCUGACCAGCAGCGUCUGAUUUUCGCUGGUAAGCAAUUGGAGGAUGGACGUACUCUGUCCGACUACAAUAUCCAGAAGGAGUCAACUCUUCAUUUGGUUCUGAGACUGAGAGGAGGCAUGCAAAUUUUCGUUAAGACAUUAACAGGCAAAACAAUUACUCUUGAAGUCGAAGCUUCGGACACAAUAGAAAAUGUCAAGGCUAAGAUUCAGGACAAAGAAGGCAUUCCCCCUGACCAGCAGCGUCUGAUUUUCGCUGGUAAGCAAUUGGAGGAUGGACGUACUCUGUCCGACUACAAUAUCCAGAAGGAGUCAACUCUUCAUUUGGUUCUGAGACUGAGAGGAGGCAUGCAAAUUUUCGUUAAGACAUUAACAGGCAAAACAAUUACUCUUGAAGUCGAAGCUUCGGACACAAUAGAAAAUGUCAAGGCUAAGAUUCAGGACAAAGAAGGCAUUCCCCCUGACCAGCAGCGUCUGAUUUUCGCUGGUAAGCAAUUGGAGGAUGGACGUACUCUGUCCGACUACAAUAUCCAGAAGGAGUCAACUCUUCAUUUGGUUCUGAGACUGAGAGGAGGCAUGCAAAUUUUCGUUAAGACAUUAACAGGCAAAACAAUUACUCUUGAAGUCGAAGCUUCGGACACAAUAGAAAAUGUCAAGGCUAAGAUUCAGGACAAAGAAGGCAUUCCCCCUGACCAGCAGCGUCUGAUUUUCGCUGGUAAGCAAUUGGAGGAUGGACGUACUCUGUCCGACUACAAUAUCCAGAAGGAGUCAACUCUUCAUUUGGUUCUGAGACUGAGAGGAGGCAUGCAAAUUUUCGUUAAGACAUUAACAGGCAAAACAAUUACUCUUGAAGUCGAAGCUUCGGACACAAUAGAAAAUGUCAAGGCUAAGAUUCAGGACAAAGAAGGCAUUCCCCCUGACCAGCAGCGUCUGAUUUUCGCUGGUAAGCAAUUGGAGGAUGGACGUACUCUGUCCGACUACAAUAUCCAGAAGGAGUCAACUCUUCAUUUGGUUCUGCGACUGAGAGGAGGCAUGCAAAUUUUCGUUAAGACAUUAACAGGCAAAACAAUUACUCUUGAAGUCGAAGCUUCGGACACAAUAGAAAAUGUCAAGGCUAAGAUUCAGGACAAAGAAGGCAUUCCCCCUGACCAGCAGCGUCUGAUUUUCGCUGGUAAGCAAUUGGAGGAUGGACGUACUCUGUCCGACUACAAUAUCCAGAAGGAGUCAACUCUUCAUUUGGUUCUGAGACUGAGAGGAGGCAUGCAAAUUUUCGUUAAGACAUUAACAGGCAAAACAAUUACUCUUGAAGUCGAAGCUUCGGACACAAUAGAAAAUGUCAAGGCUAAGAUUCAGGACAAAGAAGGCAUUCCCCCUGACCAGCAGCGUCUGAUUUUCGCUGGUAAGCAAUUGGAGGAUGGACGUACUCUGUCCGACUACAAUAUCCAGAAGGAGUCAACUCUUCAUUUGGUUCUGCGACUGAGAGGAGGCAUGCAAAUUUUCGUUAAGACAUUAACAGGCAAAACAAUUACUCUUGAAGUCGAAGCUUCGGACACAAUAGAAAAUGUCAAGGCUAAGAUUCAGGAUAAAGAAGGCAUUCCCCCAGACCAGCAGCGUCUGAUCUUUGCUGGCAAGCAACUCGAGGAUGGACGUACUUUAUCUGACUACAAUAUCCAAAAGGAGUCUACGCUUCACUUAGUGCUUCGUUUGAGAGGUGGAAUGUAGAUUUAAUAUAUAUUGUUAUUAGUUGGAAAGGAUUCAGCGUAGGGAACUUUUACCUUAGGUCGAGGUUUCGCUUAUCGUAGUGGCGAACCCUGAUAAAAAAAUUUCUCUGGUGUGUCAGGAUAUAUAAGGCGAUCAUUGCCAUACUUAAUAUUGGCAUAUAAUGCAAGCUAUAUUAUAUUAUACAUAAUUUACUUGGUUUUGUUAAUGUCUGGACCGUUUUGUGAAUGUGAACUUGGCUAGUUUUGACUGAAAAGUAAUAAUGUCAAGGAAACAUGUACACGAAACUGCAAUAUUUAA